CACGUCGCUAUGGUAACGGAUACAAUUUAGCACAGAUUAGCUUGUUAGCAGCCGUCUGCCUUUCUCUCUGUUGUUGUUUACUCGCGUUACAUUAUUGACAUGCCAUGGAGGGGACAGACACGUACCUCAUACGACCGAAUCAUCAGCACAAGUUUAAGCCAGCCAUUGUGAAAGAGUGUAUUCGUGAAACGGUGAGGGAGCGGCUGUCUGGGAUGCGGUACGACCCCGAGGAAGCCCCAGAGCUGUCCCGAUCACUGGCAGAUUGCAUUAAGGACAAAGUGAAGAGUGCAGGAUUCGACAGAUAUAAGCUUGUUGUGCAGGUGGUCAUUGGAGAACAACGAGGACAAGGAGUCAAGAUGUCCUCAAGGUGUUUGUGGGAUGCUGACACAGACAACUAUGCAGAAGAUGUUUUCAUGAACGACAGCUUGGUCUGUGUGGUGGCGGUUUUUGGAAGCUAUUACUACUGAGGACAAGAGGAUGAAAAGAUGAGCGUUGAACAUCCAAGCGGGACUCCUCCCUCGCCGUCAGACCUUCGGGUCCAUGGUGCACUGAUCUGAAGCGACUGUGUGUGGAACCGCUGCUUCUUGAGAUCCACACAGAAAAACAUCCAGUGUAGAAGUGACAGAUGUCUGCGCAGACACUGUAGUCGAUUUAAAAUGAAGGAAUUCACCAGGAUUUUCUGACUUGGCAAGAUGAUUAUUAUAAAAACUGAGGCCUCUUGUAUGGGUAAUAAAAUAUGGAUAAUUUGACAAG